UUCCUCAAAUAGAGAAAGAGAGACAAUCAAUAUUAUCUUUAAAUAGAGAGUAGUGAAAAUGGCGUAUUUGACAGACUAUGCAUGUUUUCGUACGUUUUAAAGUGUCUCCACCAUCGAGGACAACUCACUCAGCGUUAAACUGCUUUAAUUGAUCAAAAGAGAGUGCGUCAAAUCGGGAUAAACGAGAACGUUAAAUGUGUAGAAUGUGACCUAAUUCCCGUGAGCGAGAAAAUAAGGAAGAUUUUUUUUUGUGUAAGAAAUCUAACACGCGACGUUGUUGUACAACAGUUUCUGGUGUAAACAAAGAGUGAUUUAAAGAAAAAUAGUAAUAAUGGAGACUGUUGGUGAUUAUGAGUAUAGCACCAAAGACCUAAUUGGUCAAGGGGCUUUCGCCGUGGUUUUUAAGGGGCGAAGUAAAAAGAACCCACAACUAAUCGUGGCUAUCAAAAGCAUCAUGAAGAAAAGUUUAGCGAAAUCACAAAAUUUAUUGGGAAAAGAAAUUAAAAUCCUCAAGGAAUUAACGGAACUACAUCACGAAAACGUUGUUGCACUUUUGGAUUGCAAAGAAUACCCCCAACAUGUUUAUUUGGUUAUGGAGUAUUGCAACGGUGGUGAUUUAGCUGAUUACUUAGGAGAUAAAGGAACGUUAAGUGAGGAUACAAUUCGUCUCUUUUUAAUACAAUUAGCUGGUGCUAUGAAAGCUUUAUACGCUAAAGGAAUAGUUCAUAGAGAUUUAAAGCCCCAAAAUAUCCUGCUUUCACACAGCGGGCAAAAAUCGUAUCCAGAACCGAGUGAAAUUAAAUUAAAAAUUGCCGAUUUCGGGUUCGCUCGGUUUUUGCAAGAUGGGGUUAUGGCGGCGACUUUAUGUGGGAGCCCUAUGUAUAUGGCCCCCGAAGUGAUCAUGUCUCUAAAAUACGAUGCUAAAGCUGAUUUGUGGAGUUUAGGAACGAUCGUUUUUCAAUGUUUAACUGGAAAGGCCGCUUUUCAUGCAACGACACCAACAGCUUUAAAACAAUUUUAUGAAAAGAACGCUAAUUUAGCCCCAAAGAUUCCUCCGGGAACAACAACUGAAUUAUGUGAUUUAUUAAACGGGUUGUUAAAAAGAAAUGCGAGAGAACGGAUGAAUUUCGACCAAUUUUUUAACCACAAAUUUUUACAACGACCAUCGGUAACACCCCCCGCUGAAAUUCCAGUUGUUGAGGCAUACGCUACCUCUCCGAUUAUGAAACCAACUCUACGGGCGGCUACUCCAAUUAAAAUUGGAACCCCACCAACAUCACAACCAGAUUCUCCGAGAAGUGCAAGAAUUAUUUUAAGUUCGAGCCCCGAAGAUGAUUUCGUUUUAAUCCCGGAACAUUUAACUGAAAGUUAUACAAACGAUAAACAUAUGAAGUUACCAAUAAAAAAUAACCCACAACCUUGCGCUCCAAGCGCGAGUCCACCAAGACCGAGUUUUCUGCCAAUUAGUGAGCCAAUCCCAGUUCCUUCUCAACGACAAACUUACCAAAAAAUGAUUAAUAGGGGGAAUAAAAACGAGAAGAGUACCGAGCAAGAAGCGGAUAAUAACGUGCUUGUUCCACGAUCGCAACCUAUUAACAUGAAAAGAUCUGAAAAUAAAAACGUGCAGGAUAUCGAUAUAAGUUCGUGGUCCCCACCGUCGGUUCAAUUCGUAAUUGGAACACCCCCGGGAUCUGGUAGACGGAGAACUUCGAGCAGUAGUUUGUGCGAAACUCCUCCACCACCGAAUUUAUGGUCCGAAUCUCCUGUUUCAACUAAAGUUGUCAUGCCUAGUAAUUCUCCUUUAAGAAGAUCGGGGACUUCUCCCCCAGUUCUUUUGGGUCCAUUAGCAAAAGUACCGUUAUUUAGUCCAACGCAAAACGAUAAUAAUAAUUUGAGACACCCUUCGUUCGGAAAUUUACGAGCUAUGACAUUACCUGAAAUCUCGGAAAUGAAUAAUUUACCUGCUUUCUUCACCGAUACUAGUACUUAUGAGUGCCCACCGAUUGAUUUUAAACCUCCUGAUUUAGAAGAAGAAACUUUACUUGAUAGAGAACAUAAUGAGAUUUUAGCAAAAAUUAAUUUUGUAUUGGCGUUAAGUAAAUGCGUGCUUGAAUUGGCAUCAGCAAAAGGGGCUCCGAUUCCUUUCGUGGUUGAAUACAUGGCCGAUGUUUCUCAUUCAGCACCACCGAUUAAACGAGCCGAGCAAUUGGUGCUGAUGGUGAGGGCUUUGCAAUUGUUGGGGUCUGGAUUAGCUUUGGCUACGCAUCAAUUGAAAACGAAAAAAUUACGAGCUACUAAUUCGGUUAAAAACGUUAUGUCGACGUUGAAUACGAAAUUUAGAACGACGUUAUCGUCGUGUAAAAAAUUAAAUAACACAGGGAUUUUAUCGAAGAUUGCUUCAGCUAAUAUCACAGCUGAUAAAUUAUUGUACGAUUAUGCUAUGAAAUUGUGUCAAACGGCUGCUUUAGAUGAAUUAUUUGGUAAUCCAUCGGAGUGCUUCCAACGGUACCAAACGGCACAAAUUUUGCUUCAUAGUUUAGGUCAACAGGUGCAGAAUCUCGAAGAUAAAGAGUUAUUAAAGAAAUACCAAGAUGCUGUGGAAAAGCGACUUUUUGUACUACAACGGCAAGGAUACAUUUAUGCAACGGAUAACGUGAGUUAAGUUAAUAAACGAAGAAAUAAAAUUGUUUUCAAUAAACCUAAUUAAGGAGUAUUUAAGAGAUGUUUUUCUGUGUUAUCGUUAAAUUUUUUUGUAACUCGUUUAACUUUAUGUAUUUCGAAUGGAAGUAAAAAGGUGUGGAUCAAGAAUGAACGAUUAAUAUUUAAUACGAUUAAUUUAUUAAAUUGUUUCGUAAACAUUAGAGAUAAUUAAAAGGUGUAUAACAUAUCUACUUGGUCCUAAAAAAGUUUUGGGGAAUCCGGUUUUAUUUCAUCCUUUGUAGAUAUGUAAAUAAAUAAUUUUUUCGAUAGUGCUCAAUAAAUAAAUUAAAAACA